AUGGCCUCCGCCGCCCGCGUGGGGGACGAGGACGCAUUCCGCUCGGCGACAUGCGCAGAAGAGGACAUCUUGGAGUUCGUGGGCGAGAUGCUUGGCCUCGGGCUACCCGGGGUGACGCAGGCCAUCGCGGAUGCCAUCGUCGCCGAGCUGUUGCUGCCGCAGCUCUUCGUCCUUGCUGCCUGGCACCAACCUAAGCCGGUGCAGAUUCGGCCAAUCUUCGACUGUUUCCCCGAUGAGACGAAGCCGCCGGCGAUCAUCCCCCGGCCAUCGGAAUUCAGCAUGUAUCAGGACAUGCUGCGGGCAAUGUCUCCGAGCCCAGCGGCAUCGCCAGCUGCAGCUCAGGAUGCCGAAGAGGAACCCCCUGACGAGCUCGAGGCCGCGCUGGCCGUCCGCAAGGAUCCUAGCCUUGCUGACGGAGGGUGA